AUUUUCUGUAAAGCUAGUUUGGUUGCCAAGUUUCUGUUAUUGGUUGCUUGGCUACGGAUUUCAUAGCAACCAUGUUAUUCAUUUUUCACAAUUCACGCCAUUUCGUUUUUUUAUAAUUAUUUCAUUUGCUACGUAAUAUUUUUAAAAUAUGGCACCCAAAAAAGAUAAAGGAAACAAAAAUGACGAGAAAGGUGGAGUAUUUACUGAAGUGGAGAGAACAUUUAUGGAACUCCAGCUAGCUGAUAGCAACCGCAAGGUAGCUAGGCUUAGAUCCGCUGUGGAAGAGUAUGAGGCACGCAUCGAGGAACUACAAAAAGCCUAUGCGAAGUUGGACGAAGACAGGGCUGAUAUCAUCGCUUACCUGAAACGGACUCUUACAGUGAAGAGUGAGGAAAAUAUCGAGCUGAAAGAAAAAGUCAAAGGGUUGGAGGAGAUCAGACAAAUUGAAAAUGAACGGUUCAACGAAACCACACAACAAUUAGAAAAAGACUUUAUUUUUAUGAAAGAACAGCUGACGUCGGAGAACAAGUUAUUGGCAGGUAAACUGAAUACUUUAGAAGAGUUUAGAGCUAUAAGAGACGAUUUAAUGAGGAAGUUUGAAAACCAAGAACAAGAAUUUCAAGACCAAGAACUGAAAUACAAACGCCUUAUAUACGAAUCUGAAAAGAAAUUUAUUAUUGGUAAAGAUAACUUAAAGAAAGAAAUGGAAGCCAGACUAUUACAACUUGCUCAAGAUUUCCAAGAUGCAACAGAAUUAAGGGUCGCUGCAUCUACACAUAGAGUGAUUAGGGAAAACAUAGCUAUUAACAAUGAAUUGGAAAAUAUUUUAAACUCUCAAGUUAGACUGUCAGCACAAAAUGAAUCUUUUAAAGAGGUAAUGCGAAAGGCACAAGUGUCUAAAGAGUUGGCUGAAGAGGAGCGAGAUAAAGCUAUUAACAAGAGUGUUGUACAACUCAAAGUAAUUGAUCAGCUAACUAAAGCAUUUGAAUCAAUGAAGAAAGAAAAAGCCUUAUUUGAAAGAAAAACUUAUAACUUCGAAGCACUGCAGGGAAAAAUUGAACGAUUGACUAAAGAAAAUGUCAAUCUUGGCUUUCAAGUGCGUGUACUGGAACAAAACUUACAUGCUCGCGUAAGUGAGCAAAAUAAAGCUGUGGUUGAAGCGGCAAAAAUGUCCAAAGAACGUGAUAAAUUGAAAAUCCUUAAAGAAGCAGCAAUCGCUAUCCAAGCGGCCUUAAAAUUGGACAAAUGGGCAUCAACUGAAGAGUCAACAGAAGUUAUGGAUAGACACGUUUUGCUUUCACAUUUGUUGGAAAUUGUAUCACAGUUCCGUGAACUUGAACAAUCAGACUCCGUGGGCACAAUAGGUUCAUUUAGUAAAAUAUAUGAAGAAGGUGAUCUGGGUUUUGUUCCUAAGCCAACGAAGAAAAAGGCCCUUGUAGUGUCAUCUGUUCCCAGUGCAAUUAUUUCUAUGAAAAACGGCACCAUUCCGGCUGAAGAUGCUAGACCACCAUUGGAGUCAGAGUCCCGCUCUACUCUGGGAGGCAGCAUCGAUACCAUGCCUAGUAUUAAAGUUUUACCUCCAAAUUCGCAAAAGGAAGUGGUUAUAAAUGAAAGUAUAGAAUCUUUUGUGGCAUCCUCUUAUCAAUCGGAAGAAAUAGCUGUAGAGGAAGAACAGGAAGAAGUGCCAGAGGAUGACAUUGAAAAGAAAUUGGCAGCAAGUAAAGUUGAGAUGCAGAAAUCUUUGAUGAAAGAUUUAGCGCUUUCCCAAGUAAUCCCAGAGCGUUCGGAGGCAAUGAAGGACAAAGAAACGAAGUCCAUGGCACAAAUGAGACAUAGUCUGGUUAUGGAAGAAAACCAGAUGUACAGGAAAUUGAAAUGGAAGUACUAAUGGAAGAAGACUUAGAUGUUGAUGAUGGGGAUGUUGAAAUUGAUGUUGUUGAUGAUGAUGAUUUUGAUAACGAUGAUGACGCUGGCGAUGACGGAAAAGAAGAAGAUCUCAGUGGAGUAUCAGCCGACAAGGUCUCAGAGUCCCAUUAGUAAGCAAAAGGAACCUCAUCAUUAUUUGGGUGUUAUAUUUUUUAUUUUUUGAUAUGUUUAUUUUAUUUUACUUUUUUUAUGAUGCCAUUUUGCAUUAAAUUUUAUUUUUCUUUUA